AAGAAUAUUCAUCAAAAUGAAAGGUGUCUGUUUCCUUCUCACUCUUGCUGUUUUGGCUUUGGCAACUUCCAUUGCCACUGCCUCUGACCCAAGCCCUCUCCAGGACUUUUGUGUGGCUGUUGAUGAACCCCACAAAGCUUUGUUUGUGAAUGGGAAGUUUUGCAAGGAUCCCAAACUCGUCAAGGCUGAGGAUUUCUUCUUUUUUGGCCUCAACACUCCAAGAGACACAAACAACCCAGUUGGAUCUAAUGUAACACAAUUGAAUGUGGACAAGAUUCCUGGACUCAACACUCUUGGAAUAUCAUUGGCUCGCAUUGACUAUGCACCAUAUGGCCAAAACCCACCUCACAUUCACCCUCGUGGCUCUGAAAUCCUAGUGGUCGUCAAAGGAACUCUCUAUGUGGGUUUUGUGUCAUCCAACCAAGAUGGAAACCGUCUGUUUACAAAAGUUCUGAAAGAGGGAGAUGUGUUUGUAUUCCCAAUAGGUAUGAUUCACUUCCAGUUCAAUCCAGAACACACUCCAGCAGUCGCCUUUGCUGGUCUCAGUAGCCAAAACGCAGGAGUAAUCACCAUUGCAAAUACUGUGUUUGGAUCAAAUCCCGCCAUCAACCCUAAUAUCCUGGCUAGAGCCUUCCAAGUGGACAAGAAUGUUAUCAACUAUCUCCAGAAACAAUUCUGGUAUGAUAACAACUAAUUAAUAAUGUGAUAGCAAAGAAUCCAUCAA